AUCUUCACCCAAAAAAAAAAAAGGAGAGACGCUAGAAAGAACGCGAAGAAAGCUUCCGAAGAAGAUUUGAUUUUUGAUCGAUUUCAUUUUAACAACGAACAACAAAGAUCAUCUGCCUGAGAAAGAGAAAGAAGAAGAGAUUUCUGUUUUUCCCCAUUAAAGAAGAGUCUCGACUCUAAAUCCUGGAGUCAUUCACGAUAGAUUAUGUGAUUGCGACUAAGAGGACGAUGGCUAUAUAUGAUCAAACCGGAACCAGUAGUACACAGAAGAAAAGGAAAUCAAGGGCUCGGGCCGAUGGUUUAACAGUAGCUGAUAGGUUAAAGAAGUGGAAAGAGUACAACGAGACUGUUGAAGCUUCGAUUAUUAUACUAGGAGAGAAACCGAGACGCAAGGUUCCUGCCAAAGGGUCUAAGAAAGGUUGUAUGAAAGGUAAAGGAGGACCUGAGAAUCCUCACUGUAGUUUUAGAGGUGUUAGACAAAGGAUUUGGGGUAAAUGGGUUGCAGAGAUUCGGGAACCUAAUAGAGGGAAUAGGCUUUGGCUUGGUACUUUUCCUACUGCUGAAGAAGCUGCUUCCGCUUAUGAUGAAGCUGCUAGGGUUAUGUACGGUUCGUUGGCUCGUCUUAACUUCCCGGAGUGUGUUGGGUCUGAGUUUACUAGUACGUCGAGUCAGUCUGAGGUGUGUACCUUUGAGAAUAAGGCGGUUCUUUGUGGUGAUAUUUGUGUGAAGCAGGAAGAUACAGAUUGUGAAAGUAAACAAUAUAGCCAGAUAUUAGAUUUUAGGGAAGAGUCUGGUGAAACCAGGAUGGACAACUGUGCGGUUAGACAUCAAAAUGUGGAUAACGUACUGAAUUACGAUUUGUUGAAAGAGUUUGAACAGCAGUAUUGGGGCGAAGCUAUGAAGGAAGAGGAGAGACCGAAGCAGGAAGAAGAGGAGAUACCAAAGCAGGAAGAAGAAGAGAUGCAGAAACGUCUACAGCUACACAACCUACUGCUUACUGUUGGAGAUUAUGGUUGGCCUUGGCUGAGUGAUCAGGAGCUUUGGGAUCCUAAUGAGUUGUUUGAUAUUGAUGAACUCCUUGGAGACAUAAAUGAAGACAUGUUACCUGGUCCUGGUCAGAGCGAGGACCACAUAUAUUCUGGUAGUUGUGAUUUGCAUCUGCUUCAUCUGGAGCCACACGAUGGUCACGAAUUCGAUGGUUUGAGUUCCCUGGAUCUUUGAGAGUUCUGAGGCGAUGGUCUACAAGACUACACCAUAAUCUUUGGAUUGAUCAUAGCAGAAACAAGAAAUAGGUGUUAAUGAGCUGAUUUAUUGGGGCAAAUUUAUUCAACCUUUGAACCUUGAACUUUUUUGUAAAUGAUGCUUGUUUGUGAACAGGUAGGUGGCGUAGGAGCAACACGUGUUGAUAAGUGGAGCAAUCUGUUCAAAUCUUCAUCUCAAGCAUGUUAAGGUGUUGAAUCUAGGACAUCUGCUUUUCAAGUUCCGUCUUUCCGCCAAGACAGUGGAGGUUUCAGAAAUGCUUCAAAGGAAGGUGGAGAUGUCAUAGUGAAUCCUUAUCAUCACUAACAAAAUAUCCAUCCAACACAAAAGGGAACCUCUACUACAGCUAACAAUAGAAUAGGAUCUAGCAUUAGCAAGGAAGAUCCUGCUGAGGAUACAUAUUCAGUCAUCGAUUGGGAUGCAGCAUCUUCCUUUCAAGUCCAUCUAGAUGGACUGAACAAGAUUUUAGAGGACCCUAAGGAUAAGGAUGGUCUCCAGAGCUUUGUGAGUAACAUGGGAGCAGCUUCGUCAUCGAUGGUGCCUUAUUCUUGGGAGUAUGAGAAGAUUUCCUGGGACUUUGAGGAAAGAAGUAUAGCUAAAUCUGCCUGUGGAUCCUCCUAUGUUUCCGCCACUACAGGAGAUGUGGUUGAUGACAUCGGACAUAUGGAUCAUUUCAAGAUGGAAACGGGAUCCCCCACCUUCGUGGAUAUAUUAAAAAACAGUUUUGCUUAUGACCCACUACUGAAACUACUAUGAAUAUGUUUUUCUAUGCUAGAUAUUGGCGGGAAGUCAAGGAGUUGAAGCAUACUCAGAUGAAACAAGCUGAGAGGAUGAUUACUUUGAAAAUGGAGCUGGGAGAUACUUCGGCUAAAAGGGUGCAAUGGAAGUUUUAAAGCAUAU